AGUAUUAACAUUCAUAUGUUGACAGACUUAUAGUGCUUAAUACUUUUCGAUAAAAAACAUUAAUAUUCUUAAAAAUAUAAGCCUGUCAGAAUUCAUCUGUUCAGUAAUUUAAUUGCGUUACACACUAUACUGAACCCUACUUUUUAAUCAUCUUAGUUUUGUACUAUUCGACUAAUUGACUGGCUGUUCGUGAACGAUAAUAUACUUAGUGUAAAUUUACAAACGAUGGAUCCUGAAUUAGUGAAGCAACGGACUGCUUUCUUGAAAAGAGCGAAAGCUAAUCCUGGGAUUGAAAGGAAGAAGAGGCCAAGGCAAGAUGAAGCAGACGAUGAACUUGAUCGUUUAGAUAAAUUAGACAAAAAAGCAAAAAGUGAAAGAGUAUCGCAAAUGUUUGAUUACAAGUCAACUUCUGGAACAUCUCAGUACAAAUUCAGUAUUUUAUCUAAAAUUGUUCGAUAUAUGAAAGAUAGGCAUUUACAAGGCGACACACAUUCUUUGAACAUUCAAGAAAUUCUAGAAGAAACUGGACAGACUGACGCUGGACCUAAAAUUAGACAUUGGCUUGCAAAUGAGGCUCUGCCAAACAAUCCAAAAAUAGAAACAGAACCUGGUCAAUUCUUUAAAUUUAGACCAAAAUAUCAAGCUAAAGAUAGAAAAUCAUUAAGGAGACUUUUAGAGAAAUACGAUCAAGAAAGUUUAGGAGGUAUCCUUGAAGUAGAUAUAAAAGAAAGCGUUCCAAAUGCUGAAAAGCAUCUUAAAAAUCUAAAUGAUCAAAUCAUAUAUGUUAGAAGGCCGCAAGAUAAGCAAAGAGUGAUAUUCUACAAUGACAAAACGUUUGAAUUUAAAGUAGAUGAAAGUUUACAAAAAUUAUGGAGAUCCAUUCCUCUGGAGGGAACGGAUGAAAAGAAAAUUGAUGAAUAUCUUGAAAAGCAAGGUAUUCACGCAAUGACAACCAUGGGAGAAGCUACGAUAAAUCGAAACCAUCAGCUUUCAACAUAUAUAAGACAUGUCCUAGCUCCCCGCCAAAAUUUUGUCAAGAAUAGAUAUUUUCAUACUACUUCUUACUGCGCCGAGAUCGUUCCAUUUAAACUAGCUGAUAUUGGUGAAGGUAUUAGGGAAGUAACUAUAACAGAAUGGCACGUGAAAGAAGGUGAUACAGUGGCCCAAUUUGAUGCAUUAUGUGACGUACAGAGUGAUAAGGCUACGACUCAAAUAUCUAGUAGAUAUGAUGGAAUUGUUAGGAAAUUAUAUUGUGGGAUUGAUGAUGUUGUUCUUGUGGGAAAUCCCUUAGUUGAUAUUGAAGUUGAGGAUGAAGAAUCCUCUCAAAGUCAAAUUGAUUUUGACGAUCAAGUUAUAUCUAAAUCAUCUCAAGAGCCAGCUGAAGUAUCAUCAGUGGAACAAUUUACAUCCGGUGGUAAAAUCUUAGCAACACCCGCAGUUAGAAGAUUAGCUGUUGAAAACUCCCUGGAGUUGUCUGAAAUUGCUGGAACAGGUAAACAGGGAAGAGUAUUAAAGGAAGAUGUUCUGAGAUAUUUAAACAACUUCACGGCGAAACCAAAAGAAGUCGCUUCACCAACACCUGCAGUACCGAAAUCAGUUGAAACGAUGAAACCAAGUACUUUUGUCCCUUCAACUCCAGCAGCACCUUUAACUGCAGAUAAAAAGGAACCAAUAAAGGGAAUGAAAAAAGCAAUGGUGAAGUCAAUGACUAAUGCACUAAAGAUUCCACAUUUUGGGUAUAAAGACGAAUUGGAAUUAAGCAGAUUGAUCGAAACUAGAAAUGAAUUGAAAUCACUUGCAUCGAAGUAUGACGUAAAGUUAUCAUUUAUGCCAUUCUUUAUCAAAGCUGCGUCCUUGGCUUUAUUGGAAUAUCCACAAAUGAAUGCUUCAGUUGAUGAAAAAUGUGAAAAUAUUCUUUAUUACUCUAAUCAUAAUAUAUCUUUAGCAUUGGAUAGCCCUCAAGGCCUUAUAGUACCUAACAUUAAAAAUGUUCAAAAUUUAAGUCUUCUGCAAGUUGCCGUCGAAUUGAACAGGUUAAUUAGUUUAGGUGGCGAAGGAAAACUAGGACAAGACGAUCUGUCGGGUGGAACAUUUACUCUUUCAAAUAUUGGAACAAUUGGUGGAACUUAUGCUUUUCCAAUUUUAAUGCCUGAUCAAGUUGUUAUCGGUGCAUUAGGAAAGUUAAGAAAAAUACCAGUUUUUGAUGAAAAUGAAAAUGUUAAAGUUGGAAAUGUUAUGAAUGUUUCUUGGUCGGCUGAUCAUAGAGUUGUUGACGGAGCAUCAAUUGCCAGAUUUUCUAAUGUAUGGAAAAAUUAUCUCGAAAAUCCUGAGAGUAUGUUGUUAAACAUGAAAUAA